CACACUUCUUACUAUAUUCCCCGUGCUCCUUUCUUGCCCUUCCCCAUCUAGUUUCUUGCAGCACUCCUUCGCCAUGUCCUAGCAACAACUCGUUUCUUGAUCCAUCCGAGCAAAGGCAAGGCAGAGCAGAGCAUUUGAGUGUUCCGUCCAUCUCAGCUAGCCGCCAUGAUCACGGCGCUGGACCUGUACCACGUGCUCACGGCGGUGGUGCCGCUCUACGUGGCCAUGACGCUGGCCUACGGCUCCGUCCGCUGGUGGCGCAUCUUCACCCCCGACCAGUGCUCCGGCAUCAACCGCUUCGUCGCGCUCUUCGCCGUCCCGCUCCUCUCCUUCCACUUCAUCUCCACCAACAACCCCUUCGCCAUGAACCUCCGCUUCCUCGCCGCCGACACCCUCCAGAAGCUCAUCGUCCUCGUCCUCCUCGCCCUCGCCUCCUCCCGCCUCUCCCCGCUCCGCGCCGCCGCCUCCCUCGACCGGGUCAUCACGCUCUUCUCGCUAUCCACGCUCCCCAACACCCUCGUCAUGGGCAUCCCGCUGCUCAGGGGCAUGUACGGCGCCGACUCCGGCACCCUCAUGGUGCAGGUCGUCGUCCUCCAGUGCAUUAUCUGGUACACGCUGAUGCUCUUCCUCUUCGAGUACCGCGCCGCGCGCAUGCUCGUCAUGGAGCAGUUCCCGGACACCGCUGCGUCCAUCGUCUCCUUCCGCGUCGACUCGGACGUCGUAUCUCUUGCCGCGGGGGAGGCUGAAGCGGAGGCGGAGGUCGCGGACAACGGCAGGAUGCGGGUCACCGUGCGCAAGUCCACGAGCUCGCGGUCGGAGGUGGCGUGCUCGCAUUCCCACUCCCACUCGCAGUCCAUGCAGCCGCGGGUGUCCAACCUCUCCGGGGUGGAGAUUUACUCGCUACAGUCGUCGCGCAACCCCACGCCUCGGGGCUCCAGCUUCAACCACGCCGAGUUCUUCAACAUCGUCGGCGGUGCCAAGGGAGGAGACGAGGAGAAGGGCGCCGGUGGCAACUCGCCGCAGCCGCAGCAGCUGGCGGCGGCGGCGGCGAAGAGGAAAGACCUGCACAUGUUCGUGUGGAGCUCCAGCGCCUCGCCAGUGUCGGAGCGCGCCGGCGGCGGCGCGGUGCAUGUCUUUGGGGCCGGCGCCGAGCAUGGCGACGUCCUUGCCAAAGGAGCCCAGGCUUACGAUAAGUAUGGCCGUGACGAUUUCAGCAGGAGCAAGAACGGGAAUGGCGCUGAGAAGGGCGGGCCGACCCUGUCCAAGCUCCGGUCCGAUUCGACCGCCCAGCUCUACCCCAAGGACGACGGCGAGGAGAGGCCGGCCACGAUGCCGGCUGCGACCGUGAUGACGAGGCUCAUCCUGAUCAUGGUCUGGAGGAAGCUGAUCAGGAACCCCAACACUUACUCCAGCCUCCUUGGUGUCAUCUGGUCCCUUGUCUCGUGCAGGUGGGGGAUUGAAAUGCCCGCGAUCAUCGCCCGGUCGAUUUCGAUCCUGUCAGAUGCAGGGCUUGGGAUGGCCAUGUUCAGUCUAGGCUUGUUCAUGGCAUUGCAGCCGCGGAUCAUUGCCUGCGGGAACACCCUCGCUGCAUUUGCAAUGGCCGUCCGGUUCCUCAUGGGUCCGGCCGCCAUGGCUGCCGCCUCCAUUGCUGUCGGGCUGCGCGGAGUUCUUCUGCACAUUGCCAUUGUUCAGGCUGCCCUGCCUCAAGGAAUCGUGCCGUUUGUGUUUGCUAAGGAGUACAACGUUCAUCCUGACAUCCUGAGCACAGCUGUGAUCUUCGGGAUGCUCAUUGCUCUGCCCAUCACACUGGUCUACUUCAUUCUGCUAGGGCUUUGAGCUCUCUCACCUCUCAAGUGCGCAAAAGCUUGGUGCUACUGACGGUCUUGUUUAGGAUCCAUGACUGCUGCUGCUUUUUGUUUGGAUAAUCCUACUAGGAUCAUAGGUCAGUAGUAAGUAACUCAACCACUGAUAGUAAUAGCAUGUCUGGUGUCUAGGUGAUGACAGUUUCAGAUUGAAGAAAUACUAGGAUUCUGAUGGGCAUUGGUAUUUAGAAACAGAAAGGAUAUUUGCGAUGACAGUCAUCUAAUUUGUAAGGCAUUGUUAA